UUGUAUUGCGAUUUAAGGAAUAUGGAUGAAGAUUGGAUGAAUUUAAUGAAUACUUUGAAUUGUGGUGCCAUGAUGGCUGCCAUGGAGACGGAUGCUGUAUUCCAAAAAAAAGAGCGAAAGAAAUCGAGAUAUUGGGUGAGUCCAUACCUUAAGGAACGAAACGACAACGGAAGGUUCAUGACCGAUUUCGAAGCCUUGCGAAAUUCUCCUGAAUUAUUCAAUGAAAACUUUCGCAUGCCACCACAAGUUUUUGAUGAACUUUAUGAGAUGGUGGAGCCGCAUCUACGUCCGAAACGUAACAGCAGGCCAAAAGAUUUUAUUCCAAUCAAAGCCAAAUUGGCAGUGGUACUGGAAUACCUAGCUUCGGGUGAUUUGCAACGACACUUGGCUUCUUGCUAUCGUAUCAGUAAACAGCAUUUUGGCAGAAUCGUGAAAGAUGUUUGUGAAGUACUAUGUACCGUAUUAAAAAAUGAAGUGCCCGAUUGGACGGAACAAAAUUUGGUAGAAAUAGCUAAUGGUUUUGAAAACCAGUGGAAUUUUCCAAAUUGUGUUGGCGCCAUUGAUGGAAAACACAUUAGUGUAAAAGCUCCUCCAAAAAACGGAAGUAUAUUUUAUAACUACAAAAUAAGAUCACAUUCUGUGCCUCGAUUGUACCAAAAAAGUAAUACAAAUUUUUAACUUUUGGAUGUAUAGGGGUUUAAUUCAAUUGUGUUGCUGGCUACCUGUGAUGCAAAUUAUAAAUUUACCUAUUUGGAUAUAGGUGCUUAUGGAAGUGAAGGCGACUCUAAUAUUAUGAGAAGUUCUAAGUUUGGCACCAGCAUUAUGAAUGACACCUGUCUGUUUCCUCCUGACACGGUAAUUAGUAAACAAAAAAUACCGCAUUUCAUUGUAGGAGACAACGCCUUUCCUUUGUGUAAGCGGUUAAUAAAACCGUAUAGCACCACACAACUCUCGAUAGAGCAAAGGAUUUUUAACUACAGGCUAAGUAGAGCAAGGCGGUGCAUUAAAAAUGCUUUUGGCAUUUUAACUGCAAGAUGGCUUUGCCUUAGAAAUCUUUUAUUUUGCAAACCUGAGCGAGCGCAAGUUGUUGUUUCGGCAUGUUGCCUAUUACAUAAUUUCCUUACAAAUAAGUGUCGGCGAACAUAUAACUCGAAUGCGUUUUCUGGUUUUGAAGAUAGCACUGGAAAUUGGAUAGCAGGAGAAUGGGAAGUGUUGCAAGAACAAGAACACACUCGCAAUCGAAAUGAAUCCAACGUAACCACUUACCGCGGAAGAAAUUCAGAUUAUGGCAAAUAUAUACGUAAAAUAUUAACAGACUAUAUUAAUUCUACAAAUGGACCUAUCCCCUUGCAAAACAAUGCCACUUUUGUUUAAAAUUAUAUCAUUAAUCUUAUACAAAUUAAAAACAUCAAGACUAUA